GCUGUGCCGCGUGCUGUGCUCCCCCCAUCGUUCCUGCCAACCAGAUCCCACACACAGUCAAUCGCCCUUUCCCGCCACCCAUUGCCAUUCACUGCCGGCCCGCCCGUCUGCCGUCACCACACCACUUUUUGCUGCCCAGCUGGUGCCAGCACAAGGGAACAAAAAGAGGGGGUGCGAGGAGAAGGCUCGGUUGCCUGGCCUCGAGCUCGGGACCGGGAGAGCUGCUCUGGCACCCGAGAGGUCCCUGUCGGUAUCGCCGCGCUAGCCCCGAUUGGGACGGACGCUACUCUCCCCAACGUCUCGAUAUCUCGCAGCUCCGAUGGGGAAGCGCUGCCAUUGCAUUCCCCCCAGCCCGUCGGCGCUGUCGAGAUUCAAUAUUAUGUCGCCUGUCUGCCCGAAGUCAUGCGUGUCAUAGAUACAUACAGGCGGCAGCUCGGCGCAUGGUGAGGGCUGAGUCGAUGACAACUUCCACACCAACGCAAGCAAGCCCACCACUCCCCACCGCACCCACCGCCCUCACAGCCUUUUCCCCUUUCCUCCUCGUGCUGCCCUCGCCCGCGGCACGCCCGCGCGCCCGUGGCAGGCUGCUAGCUCGGAACGACGCAGAAUGCAUCGUGGCUUGAACGACGGAUGGACCCCCUUGUGGAAAGAAGGAUUCCCCGUCUGGGAAACAUGACCAGCAGGCCUGUCGGUGGUCGGCCAGCUCAUAGAGGCCGAUAGGUCGGCUCCUAGGCCCCUGGGUCGCCGGCACGGACUUGAGCCAGAAGCCCGGUCAGCCCUUCGAUGCUGCCUUGAUGAUGCUGCUGCUGCUGCUGCUCCCUACCUCCUGCUGUCCACUGCCGCUUUCUUUCUUAUAUGCUCCCUCUCCUCUGGCUUCCAAUACCCGCGUUCCUGGGCCCUCUUUGACCGUCCUGCCUCCAGACCGUUAAUUUGGUGGCGUCGGCGCGUUUCCUCCUACGGCCAAAUCUGCAUCUGGGAUACCUCACAGUUCCCCCCAGUCAGAAGAAGCCUUGCCCCCUGUAAACAUCAGACGGCACUUGUCGAAAGACGUCGCGGGACGCAGGCCGCCGUGCCAGAACACGGACGCAAACGCGGACAGGGCGUUGUUUGCCGCCGCCCACGCCUUGUUCUCUCAUCUCUUUUACCUUUGCUUGUCGUAUCCUUUAAUUAAUCCAUUCUGGCCUGAGCGCUGCACCGUCCCGUCGUCGUUCGAUAUUAUAUACGUACCACAGAUACACCCUGCUCUCGGCAGAACCGCCCGCCAUGUUUUCCUCAAAACACAAGUCCCGGUCGUCAACAACCCUGGCCAGCCACCAGUCGUCAUCAUUGUACCGGGGAAGGGAAAAGGACGACGUAGAGAUGGGCGAGACCUCGGCAUCGUCAGCGCCAGGCGCCGAGAGCGAUGUCGAGAAUCUGACGCCGGUUAGGGGACAGCAGCCCGCCGCCGACGGGUCGCAGCAGCAGCUGCCGGCGCCGGCCGCCGGCGCCGGUGGUCCUCCCGGAAGCGAUCUCUACGACCCCAGGAGCUUGAAGUUCUGGACCAUCAUGUUCUGCAACUUCCUCGCCCUGUUCCUGGUCGCCCUGGACCGGACCAUCCUCGCCACCGCCAUCCCCAGGAUCACCGACGAGUUCAAGAGCCUCGGCGACGUCGGCUGGUAUGCCUCGGCCUACAUGCUGACUACGGCGGCCUCGCAGCUCCUGUUUGGCCGCGUGUACAAGUUCUACCCAACAAAGUGGAUCUUCCUUAUAUGCAUCAUCGUGUUCGAGGCAGGCUCUGCAAUCUGCGGCGCGGCCCCCAGCUCUGUCGUCUUCAUCGUGGGCCGCGCCAUAGCCGGCAUGGCCUCGGCCGGCAUCUUCACCGGCUGCAUGCUGAUGUUCAUGAUCGUCCCCCUGCACAGGCGGCCCAUGUUCCAGGGCCUGUUCGGCCUCGUCUUCGGCAUCGCCUCCGUCAUGGGCCCGCUCAUCGGCGGCGCCUUCACCGGCGCCCUGAGCUGGCGGUGGUGCUUCUGGAUGAACCUCCCCAUCGGCGCCGUGAGCUUCAUCGCCAUGCUGCUCUGGUGGAACCCGCCACAGCCCGAGGUGCCCUCAGUGCCCGUCAUGACGCACAUCAAGCGCCUCGACCCCAUCGGCACCAUGUUCCUCGUCCCCGCCAUCGUGUCCCUGCUGCUGGCCCUGCAGUGGGGCGGCUCGGUCUACGCGUGGAGCAACCCUAUCGUCAUCGCGCUCUUCGUCAUCUUCGGCGUCCUAAUGUUCAGCUUCGGGGCCGUGCAGGUGCUCAAGCCCGAGACGGCCACCAUCCCACCGCAUGUCAUCAUGCAGCGCAGCGUCUACUUUGGGACCCUCUUCACCUUCUUCAUCGCCGGCGCCAUGCUCAUGUGCAUCUACUUCAUCCCCAUCUGGUUCCAGACCGCCCAGGGCGUCAGCCCGCUCCAGUCCGGCAUCUACACGCUGCCCCUGGUGCUGAGCCUCGUCAUCUCGAGUAUGAUCUCGGGCAUCGCGACGCAAAAGAUCGGCUAUUACGUCCCCUCCAUGAUCCUAGCGCCCUGCAUCAUGGCUAUCGGCACGGGCCUGAUGAGCACCUUCCAGCCGCACACAUCACCGUCGCACUGGAUCGCCUACCAGUUCCUGACCGGCUUCGGCCUCGGCUUCGGCAUGCAGACGGCGGGGCUGGCUGUGCAGACGGUGCUGCCCAUGGCUGACGUCUCGACGGGCAUCGCCAUCAACUUCUUCGCCCAACAGCUCGGCGGCGCCGUCUUCACCUCGGUCGGCCAGGCCAUCCUCAGCAACCUGCUCGUCGGCGAGCUCGCGGGCGUCAACGGCCUCGACCCGCAGAAGAUCGUCAGGGGCGGCAUCACGGCCCUGCUGCGCACCGUGCCGCCCGAGGUCGUGCCCAUCAUCGCCAACGCCUACAACUUUGCCUGCACCAAGAUCUUCCUCGCCGCCAUGGGGCUCACCUUUGGCGCCCUCGUCUCGGCUUGCUUCAUGGAGUGGAGGAGCAUCAAGAAGCCCAAGGGCGCCCCCGGUGGCCCCGCCGCCGGAGCUGCCGGUCCGGAGAAGCGGGAGUCGGGAGUGCCGAGGGGUGCCGUCCGCAUCUCCAGCAGCGAGAGCAUGGCCCAACGGGCCGCGAACGACGCGGCGGCGGCGGCGGCGGCGGCAACCACAACGCCAAGGCCAACGGCGGCGCCCGCAGGUGCUGUGCAGAAUGACGCCGCCGCCGCGGCAGCCGAGACGAGCGGCGACGAGAUCUGGACCCCUCCGCCCAUGCGUCACAGCGUGUUCUGCGCCCGGUGCUCCACGCUCGUAGAUGCAGAGGGUGCUGUGAUGGUCGACGCCAGAGAGGUCAACGGGUCGAAGCAGCCCGACGACAAAGCGAUGCCGCCCAAACCCGCCCAGCCCGACCGACUCGGCCUUACUUCCCAACAGCCCCAGCCCGCGGUCUUGGCUGCUGGUGGGAGUGCUGACGUCGAAGCCGGCCCGAAGGCGACGCAGGAAGAAGACAAGCCCACGGGCCCUCGUAAAUUCUGGCUAGUAGCGAAGCGUUCCAUCGACAUGCUUCGUGGCGGCAAAGCCCCGGUGUCCUCCUAGAUGAUGGCCAGGGGAUGGGGAAGGAAGAGAUACAACUGAGUCCCAUCAGGCAAUGAUUGGGCGGCGUGUCUUGCUUGGGAGGCAUAUCCUGCUUACUGUUUUGGUCAUGAUCCAUGUAAAUAGAAUGCACACCAGCGUGUUCUUGCUUUUUCACAAACUACCUACCUAGGGUACCUACCUAAUAUGAAGAACACCCACGAGGCGAUAUCGAGUGGCUGCAUCGGUACCAUGAGAAUAUGGGGCCGGGUCCACGAGAGAAAUGAUACUCCGCAGGGUGCAUUGGUCCAAAAUAGCCCGAGAGCAGGCAACAAAAUUAGCAUGGCC